AUGUUCUCCCUGUCCGUGAUGGUGGGGCUCAUCCCGAUAGUGUCUCUCUUUGGUUUGUUCUACUCUGCUGCGGUGGAUGAGAACUUCCCUCAAGGCUGCACCAGCAGCAGCAGUCUGUGUUUCUACAGCCUGCUGCUGCCGGUCACCAUCCCCGUCUACGUCUUCUUCCACCUCUGGAGCUGGAUGGGGAUCAAGCUCUUUAGACACAACUAGACUGUUCUGACCCCGUUAAAGAUAAAAUCCACCUGAAAACACUUCAGUUAAAUCAUCUGUAGGUGUUUGCAUUUCUUCCAUUUUGUUGUGGGUUAAUAAAAUGUACAAAUAGAUUGUUUGACAUCAGCACAUUACCAGCUCAGCUACAAUGUAGUUUAAUAGCAGAAAGUGUUGCUUUCUUCACAAACACUUGAAAAGAAGAAAAGAAGUCAGUUCUGGGAGUAACCAUAGGUGGAGUUUUGCUUUAAUGCUCAUACUGGUUUUUUUUAAGGUGUAGGGCUACUGUGUGUAAUAACUGGCAACAAAUAUAAAUAAAGGUUUAUUUUCUUUUGAA